AUGCACCAACAUACAAAAAAGAACCAAAUAAGUCCAUCAACCUCAUACUACAAGUCUACAACCACAACCACAACAUAGUGAGUGAUCAUGGCGCCGUCUCCGGACCUCCCUCCACUACCGCCACCGCCUCCUUUCUUCUGGGGCGAAACCCCAGAAGAAGAAUACUACAAAUCUCAAGGUGUUCGCAACAAUAAACUCUAUUUCCAGACACCAAAUGGGAAAAUCUUCACCCAAUCGUGGCUACCAAUUGAUGAAAACCAACCGGUUAAAGCUACAGUAUUUAUGACUCACGGUUAUGGCUCUGAUACCAGCUGGUGUUUCCAGAAGAUAUGUAUUGAGUAUGCUAAAUGGGGAUACGCUGUGUUCGCAGCGGAUCUCCUUGGUCAUGGUCGCUCGGAUGGACUCCAUGGUUACCUUGGUGACAUGGAUAAGGUUGCUGCGACGUCGUUGUCGUAUUUUCUCAGCGUUCGCCAGAGCGAAACGUAUUGUAAACUUCCGGCGUUUUUGUUUGGGGAGUCGAUGGGUGGUUUAAUCACCAUGCUUAUGUAUUUCCAAUCAGAGCCUGACACGUGGACCGGUUUGAUCUUCUCGGCCCCACUCUUUGUGAUUCCGGAGAAUAUGAUACCAUCGAAGCUACAUUUGACCAUGUACGGGCUAUUAUUUGGAUUUGCGGACACAUGGGCAGCAAUGCCGGAUAAUAAGAUGGUGGGAAAGGCGAUUAGAGAUCCCGAAAAACUGAAGAUAAUAGCGGUAAAUCCGAAGCGAUAUGCUGGUAGGCCAAGAGUCGGUACAAUGAGAGAAGUUGUAAGGGUCACCAAUUACAUACAAAACAACUUUAAUAAGGUUAAAGCUCCUUUCUUGACGUUGCACGGGACAGCCGAUGGGGUCACAUGUCCGACUGGGUCCCAGAUGUUGUACGAGAAGGCAUCGAGUGAGGACAAGACAUUGAAACUAUACGAGGGUAUGUACCAUUCGUUGAUACAAGGCGAGCCUGAUGAUGCUGCUAAUCUUGUGUUGGCGGAUAUGAGAAAGUGGAUUGAUGAGAGGACAGAAAAGUACGGGGCUAAAAGUAACGAUAACUAAUCGAGAGUAAAAGAUAUAUGUUAUCACCAUAUGUAACUAAAAUGAGCCUUGACAUGUGCAAUGUAGGUAACUUAUUCAGAAUUUAGGGCGUGUUAACAUACUCACAUUGUCACGUUUGAUAUGAAAACACCCUUUGUUGUCUCGGUUUCUUGUAUUUUUCGUUAUCGCUUGAAAUUGAUCCUUGAAACGACUAA